AUGACAAGUAACAUAGAAAAUACAAUUACAAAAUAUGAAAAUUUUAUUAACGAUGUUUUAAAGGAAGAUUUACGUAUUAUACACCUCAAAUUAGAAAAAGUUAAUGCCGAAGUAUCAGAUUUGAUUCAGCAGAAACAUGCAUUAAGGGUUAUGACUGACAAAAACAUGCACCCCAACGGAUUUAAAACACAGAUCAACUUAGGCUGUAAUUUUUUCAUGGAAGCUUCUGUUGCUGAUACGUCCCAACUACUAAUUAAUAUAGGAUUGAAUACAUUCUUAGAAUUCAGUCUAUUAGAAGCAAAUAAGUAUCUUGACGCAAGAAUAAAAGUUUUCGAACAAAGCUCACAAGAAUUAUUGAAAAAAGCUGCAGAAACCAAGGCACACAUUAAGUUAAUGUUAUUUGGAAUAAGUGAACUACAAGAGCAUAAACCAAGUUAA